CAAAAUAUCCUAAUGAGACAGAGCAUAAUAAUAUUUUAAACUUGAUCUUAGAAAAUAAUUCACAAGAAACUGAUGAAACUACUUCGGAAAUUUCUACAACUAUUUCUAAUAAAAGUAGUUCAAAUAAGCAAAAUGAAAAAUUAGAACAGCUACUUUUAAAAGCAACUGUUUCAUGUGGUUUAGCUUUUUCUUAG